GGUGGCGCUUGUAAGGGUAAUAGGGUGGUGAUGGCCCUGGUGGCAGGUGGGUGGUGGUGGCAGCAGGGUGAUAAUAUGGGCAUGGGGCAGCAGAGUGCCCUGCUACUCAUCCGAGUUUGUGCAUCAUAGUUCAGGACACCUACCUAUGGCUAGGUCUUGCCUGCUGGUACAACGACAGGUGUUGUGGUGCACGUUGGAGUGGGCAGAGGGGGUGGGCAGCCACGCGUGCAUGUUUUCUGGGCUGGAUCUGUUCCAUGGUUACAGGUGCCUGUCCUGUGGGGCAGGAAGCCACUUUCAGGGGAAGCUCACCUGGGCCCGUUUGCCCCUGGGGGCAUGGGCUCCAGCUCAGAUGGGGCUUGGUGUCUUAGCAUGUCAGGUUGUGCCCUGUCUUGCCCCAUCCUGCCCUGGCUUGUCCUGUGGCUGCAGUGGAAUCUGGGAAGGGCAACUGUGAGUGCUGCUGCGCCCCACUCACACACUCCACACACACCCUGGACCUGGCUGGCUGAAGACUGAGGCCUCUACAUUCCUCCUCUACAUCAGAGGACACAGGAGUCAGGGGCUGCAAGGGAGGCCCAGCUGGGUCAGGGCCUGAGGUGGACAUGGUCUGGUGCUUUCCACAGCUGAAAGCAGGGUGAUGUAGCUGGGGUGCCGAGGGAAGCCAAGAGGCCCAGGCCAUUCCAGGCUCUGUGAGUCUAUCAAGUUUAAUUUAAAUUGUUAAAGAAUGAAAUUUGCUUUAUUGUAAAUUUUACUGUCUAGUUAGACAAACCCCAGGUUUUUUCUUCUUUAAUUGGCACCUAUAGUAUACAGAAAAACACAGGUACACAGUUCGGUAUAUAAUUAUAAAGCAGACUCCCAUGUGGUUACCAGAGCCAGGGGAACCUUCGCACAUAGGCAUUGGAGCAGGGGAUGACUCAAUCAAGACCUAGCACAGUGGUGCUGGAGGAGGCAGCUCCAUCUUGGGGAGGCCAGGUAGGGCCUUGGGGAGCUGGCAGGUGGGAGAAGAGGAAGAGGGAACAGCCUAGACAUCACUUCUUUGUCAGCUGGGCCCCAGGGCAGUUCAUGGAGCCUGGUGGAGGAAGGUGGUGGGACUUGGUGAGCUGGAGGUGAGCCGGAGUGUGACUCAGGCACACUGAGGAGACUCCAGGGAGCUGCUCUGGCUCGCGGAGUGCAGUCGGAGGCCAGGCAAGCCAGGAGGCAGCCAGGCCCUGCUCCCCCUCCCCCACUGUCUUCCGGCCGCUGGCUCUGCUGCUCCCCUGGGCCCGGGCCAGGCUGUGUCUUUAAGAGGGUGGCUGCAGGCCUGCGUGCCUCGCCUUCCUGCCGCUGACGUCAGGGAGGGGAAGGACUGAGAAGGAGAUUCGAUUUCUAUUCCCCGAAAGGGAGGAGAUUGAGACCGAAUGUCCCCUUGGAAAGAGGAGGUCCAGGCCUGCAGGAGGCCCCUGAGUGAAGGCAGAGGCUAACAUGGGGUUUGGAGCAACUGUAGCCAUCGGCCUGACCAUCUUUGUGCUCUCUGUUGUCACCAUCAUCAUUUGCUUCACUUGUUCCUGCUGCUGUUUGUACAAGAUGUGCCGCCGGCCACGUCCCAUCGUGACCACCACUACGGCUACCACUGUGGUGCAUGCCCCUUACCCUCAGCCUCCAAGUGCGCCCCCUAGCUACCCUGGACCAACGUACCAGGGCUACCACCCCAUGCCCCCCCAGCCAGGAAUGCCAGCAGCACCCUACCCAACGCAGUACCCACCACCAUACCCGGCCCAGCCCAUGGGGCCUCCAGCUUACCAUGAGACCUUGACUGGAAGCACAGCAGUACCCUACCCUGCCAGCCAGCCUCCCUACAAUCCAGCCUAUGUGGAUCCCCCGAAGGCAGCCCCUUGAGUGCAUCCCACCUCUGGUUGCCACUUGAUUGUGUGUGUGUGUGUGUGUGUGUGUGUGUGUGUGGUAUGCAGGCAUUUUUUACUACCCUAUGUACACUGCAUGUGACAUGUGGCUUCCUUUGAUGUUAACAAGGUGGACUGAGACCAAACUUGGUUUUCUUCAUUUGAAAUUAUGCUUCCUGAAGUCUCAAAGCAAAUGUGAAGAGUGGAGUGGACAGUCUUUUCCAGGUCACUGCAGGGUGAUAAAGUAUAGCCUGGCACCCUAGGAUAGCACAGCAUUUUUUGGAUGUCACACACAUGUCCUUGUGGGAAUAGCCAGCCAGGGCUUGAGGCUAUGGCUUGUCCCCAGGGGCUGGGGUGCUUGUUGCUGAGGCAGGCAUCUGGGCCAAGGAUGGGCUCCUGCUGGGGCCCUGUCCUUCCUGCAGAUGUCUGGUUGUUCCCUAGCCUUUGCCAUGCUCAGUGUGUGGUUUGUGAGCUGUGAGGUGGGAACACUCAGGCAGGGCCCUGCCUACCUGACAGCUCCCUGUCCCAGCAGCUUCCCUGGGACUGACUGGCUGGCCACUGCACUGGAGUCUAGAGGCCCAGGAGGAGGCUCUCCUGCCCUUGCUGACCUGGUCCCUGCCACAGGUGGGCUGUGGGGUCUCUGCCCACCAGCACACUCAGGUCUCCCUGCAGUGUUUCAAUGUUACUUUCAGCCAAAAAUUUUGCCUAUUUGUUUUAAAGUAUCAUAGUUAAUGUGAGGCUUUCAAAUGUGGGGAGAAUGGACCAUAAAGGAGGGGACAACCUGACCUCUGAUAGUCCCUGCUCACCCUGACAGCAGCCUAAUAGAAUAUUCAACUCCAGGACCCAGGUCACAGUUUGUCCUGGCAGCCAGGACACCAGGGCCAAAGCAAUGUCUGGACCAAAGGGGGGUGGUGGGCAAGGGGUGGGGGGCCUGGGUGGCAGCUCUGGCCCUAACUUGAAUACCUCGGAGUUCCUUGUCACUAUUAAUGUUUUACCAGCUGUCUUAGCUUUGUAUCUGUUGUGUUUCUAAGAGUCUGGGCUCUGCACCCUUGUUUAUAAUAAAUGCAAAUAUUUGGA